AGCCAAGUCCUCCGUUUCUUUGUCUCCUCUGAAACUCUUUGUUUACUCUUUCAGUCCUUGCAGGAAGUCAGAGCUAAAAUAGGUGCAGCCCUUGGGAGCGUAAUUGCCAUGUGGAAGAGAGCCUGCAUUCCUGCCGCGUCUCUAGGGUGGGGAUAGCUUUCUACCUCCCCUUGAGCCACUGCAGUGCUUCUGGCCGAGCGGCAGAGAGCGGCGUGCCCUCCUUCUGGGGUCAGUCUGGGCACAGGCCUCCUUCCUUCAUGCCUCCAAGCAUCCUGCAGCCAUGCUGAAGCAGAUCCUGGCAGACAUGUACGUGGACCCGGAGCUCCUAGCAGAGCUCAGCGAGGAGCAAAAGCAGAUCCUGUUCUUCAAGAUGAGGCAGGAGCAAAUCAGAAGGUGGAAGGACAGGCAAGCUGGGUCCGCUGCACAAGAACCAGCAUUGAAGAAAGCUCAUGAAAAAUCUGUGCAGUGGAAGCUUGGAGCAGAUGGAGAUGUCUGGGUGUGGGUAAUGGGUGAGCACACACUGGACAAACCGUACAAUCUGCUCUGCAGUGAAAUCCUUGCUGAAAGAGUGAGGCAGCAGUCACUCGAGGAAGCAGAGGCAGUAAGAAGUCCAGUGGAAAGGUUUGCAGAGCAUUCUGUAACAUCGCCUCCGCAUUUUCCAUCGGACGCCCAAUUUGGUUCAGAAACACAGGGAGACAGUAAAAACUCUGUGAAGCAGGAGAGGCAGAAAGAUGGGGAAAAAGCACCACCUGCUGCAAAUGCCAGAAAUCAAGAAUAUGUCCAGCCUCCUGCAAGUAAAUCAAGAGGCGUAGAGCAGAUGUUGGCAGACUGUAUCAGUCAUUCAAGGAAGUACAGCUUUCAGCAGAACAAAGAAGUGCCAAUGAAAACAGCAGUGGACGAGACCAAAGCGCAAGAAGUGACCCUGAAUCACAGUUACGAGUCAAUGCAGAAAUCAGACAAGGAGGAUCCUCACUGGUUGGAAUCUUUGCAGCGCUCAAAAGCAGCCGAUGAAAGGCGACGUUCCCUUGCCAGACAUGCCCGAGACGACUACAAGAGGUUGUCACUGCAAGGCAUCCACAAAGGAAAAGCAGCUAAAACAGGAGAGCAAAGGCCGCGGCUUCCUCCACCUUUACCCCCAAAGCCCAAGAACCUCUCUGCUGGAACAGCCAACCAGAAGCCAGACAGAAAGCAGACAGUGCAACGAACAGUCUCCAGUUCGACUCAGGAGAGUAUUAUCCAGUGGUUCAAGGAAGAGCAGCUCUACCUCCGAGCUGGGUUUGAGAAAUCGACGGACAGAAUAGCACCUUGGUUCCAUGGUCUUUUAACCACUAAGAAAGCGGAAGAACUCUUAAGUGGUUUGGCAUCUGGUAGCUUUCUGAUCCGGGUCAGUGAAAAGAUCAAAGGCUACGUCCUCUCAUAUUUGUCAGCCGAGGGCUGCAAGCACUUCCUGAUAGAUGCUUCUGGGGACUCUUACAGCUUCCUUGGUGUGGACCAGCUGCAGCAUUCAACGUUGGCUGACCUGGUUGAUUACCACAAGGAUGAGCCUAUCACAUCUUUGGGGAAGGAACUUCUGCGUUACCCCUGUGGCCAAGAAGGCCAGGAGCUUGAUUACCUUGAUCUUUUUGAGUGAGACCUGACAUUUCCAUUCCUUACUAAACGGAGGUACUUUUCUUGAAUGGACAGAUGUAGCUUUUCUGAAAGAAGCAGAGCCAACACCCUUCAGUUAUUAUAGUAGCCUCUUAAAACUGCAAAGUUACAAUGGAAGUAUGUUUGAUAAUCAAGAAGUAAAAUGCUACCCGCUGUGGGCCUAGAAGCACCAUCAAGUUGCAAAGGAACAGGAAGAAAAAUCCUAAAGAAAACAGCAAAAGAAUAAAGCCAUUGUGAAACACAAUUACAGCAUUAAACUUUCCAUAGACACCUUUGUUCAGGCUGAAUCCUGCCCGUGUAUUGCUCCUGAGUGACCCUGCCGGGAAGGUUUCCAAAGUAUAAUUCACAUUUCCUCAAAAUACUUGAAAGGGUGCAUUGUUGGGGAAAGCCCCCAGUGCAAAAGUAGCU